AUGCCUCCGUUUGCGAAUGGAAUCUCAAUGUCGAUUGUCGAAUUGGGCGCCGGCUCAUUGAAAAAAACCACGCACCUCUUACGAAAUGUAGCGAAUCUACUGGGGUCUAUCUCCAAACAUGACCACGGUGCUUUCCUAUCACAGGCUGAAUAUUAUGCUCUUGACCUUGAAUAUAGCCAACUGGUUUCAACCCUCUCAGCUGUAGAGCUACAGGAAGACAGCGGAGCAGGGCCGCUGGUCGGGGAAGAGGUCCAGACAAGAGGGAUAUGUGGAACUUAUACCCAAGGUCUGGAAUGGAUCACUCAUUCACUGUCAACAUCUUCCUCUAGCAACUCCGACUCAGAAACGCGUUCAUCGCGGACCGACGAUUCACUGGGCGGGAGUCAAGGUGAUCGAAGAGCGAUUCUCUGGCUGGGAUCGUCAAUCGGGAACUACUCGCCGCAAGAAGCUCUCGAGUUUUUGAGAGAUGAACUCAGGCCGGCUUUACAUCAUCAGACUCGAAUCUUGAUUGGAAUCGAUAACUGUAAGAUUCCAGAGAAAGUUGCAAAAGCUUACAACGACUCAGAAGGGGUAACACAUCAGUUCAUCCUCAAUGGUAUUACCGUCCUUGCUCGAAUGCUGGGAAUCGACAAGAGCAUCUUGAAUUCAGAGCAAUUCGAAUACGUCUCACGGUAUAACGCGAGUAUGAGUCGAAAUGAGGCCUACCUUCGAGCUCGCGAAGCCAUAACGCUCACCAUCACAGCCCUAGUCACACAAGAUGAAGAUUCCAAGAAAGAUUCAGUGAUCCAAAUAAAAGCUGGAGAGCUCAUAUUGAUGGAAAAAUCGUACAAGUUCACCGACGAGGAGGUUCAUCAACUUUUCCACUCCGCUGGAUUACGAGUCAUCCAGACCUGGUCUGAUCAAUCUCAUUUACCCUUGGCUUCAAGACCUACUACCGGUCCAAUUCACUCACUUUACUUAGUUGAACGUGCUGGAUUCUCAUUUGACGACCUUGCUUUUUCAAAGGUUGAGGCUCUUGAAAAAGAGGCGAGGACGGAUAUGGCCAUCCGCAGAAUGAUGAUCGAACCUGGAUCGUCUACAUGUGAGACACUUUUCAGAGCUUUCAAUUCGAUGUCGGUGGACAACAUGCGAGGUCUGAAGUUUGGGGACCAGCUCCAAUGUCGUUUUAAGGCAAUGGACCGAACAGCUCUUGAACCUAGUUCUGUGUCAGAACAGCCGGAAUUCCCACGCCUGAUUGAUGCGAAAACGUAUGCUAGAGGAAAUGUGCCAUCCAUGAAGGAGUGGGAUGAAAUUUGGUCAGCUUGGGAUUUGGUCACGAUGGGUAUCACUCCUCAAGAUCUGUUAUACACCAAGCCGAUUGACUUGAGACAUAUCUGCUUAUUCUAUUUUGGACACAUACCCGUCUUUGCAGACAUCCAUCUCAGUCGAUAUUUCAGCGAACCGUACAGCGAGCCUAAAAGAUUCUCAGAAAUCUUCGAAAGAGGCAUUGAUCCCGACAUGGAUGAUCCCACCAUCUGCAACGAACAUUCCAAGGUACCAGAAUAUGAAGAUGAAUGGCCCAGCUUGUCAGAGAUCCUCGAUUUCAAGAACUCUGUACGAGCUAGAAUUUCAAAAGUGUACGAAUCUAUUGAGAACCAUUCGCUGGUUUUGAAGCGGUCCCUGGCAAGAGUUCUUUGGAUGAUAUACGAGCAUGAGGCCUUGCAUCUCGAAACAUUCUUAUAUAUGCUUGUUCAGCUGCCUUCCCUCAACAUGCUGCCGACCUUCAGUCCACCGGAUUGGAGUUCGCUUUCACGCCAAUGGGACUUGGAAGCUACCACUGAUUCAGGUACAGCAGAGUUGAUCGAAUACUCUGACACUACCACGUUGCUGGUGGGCCAUGAUGACCUAGAUCGGGAUGAUGAAAAACUAAAUUUCUGCGAGAAUCAUGAGUUCGGAUGGGAUAACGAACAUCCAGCUCGGACCGAGGUAGUCGGUCCUUUCAAAUUAUCCCCCACGCCUAUCUCCAACCUGGACUAUCUAGUCUACGCACUCGAGAAUUUGCCUCAUGGAUUGAGACUUGAUGUAACAGUUGUACCAGCAUCUUGGGAUUACACUUUCGACUCUGAUUCCGAGAGCCCGGAGCAUGAUAUCCGAAUUCGUACAAUCUAUGGCUUAGUGCCAUUCUCAGUCGGAAAACAUUGGCCAGUACAGGCAUCAGGACGUCAGUUAAAAGCCUACGCACAUCGGCGGGGUGGUCGGCUACCAGCUGCGAAUGAACUGAGAGUUUACCUCAGAGAUAAUCCUUCAGACGGGCCGCUGAGUCCGGUUGGCUUUCGACAUUGGCAUCCGAUCCCAGCACGAGCGGGUCAAAAAGAAGCAGAUGGGGUCUGGAGAGGCGGGAUGAACGGUGGUAUUUGGGAAUGGACGGAGACCGUCUUUGAUCGGCAUGUCAAUUUUCAAUCAAGCCUACUCUAUCCUGGUUACUCGAGUGACUUUUUCGAUGGAGCACAUUGGGUCCUUCUCGGUGGGAGUUGGGCAACUAUACCGAAGAUUGCUCAUAGGAGUAGCUUUGUAAAUUGGUUUCAAGCAAACUAUCCUUACGUGUUCGCGGGCGCUCGAGUGGCUUAUGAUUAUUGA